GGGAUGCUGACGCUGGUGCUGAGCUGCAUUGACCGCCUGAGCGCUUACAGCACCGCCGCCCAGUUCGGGGAGGCCGCGGGGGAGGAGGCGGCGGCCGCCUGGAAGGAGAUCGUCAACCUGCUCUACGAGCUGCUGGCCUCGCUGAUCCGGGGGAACCGAGCCAACUGUGCCCUGUUCUCCACCAACCUGGACUGGCUCGUCAGCAAACUGGACCGGCUGGAGGCCUCCUCGGGCAUCCUGGAGGUUCUGUACUGCGUGCUGAUCGAGAGCCCCGAGGUGCUCAACAUCAUCCAGGAGAAUCACAUCAAAUCCAUCAUCUCCCUGCUGGACAAGCACGGCCGCAACCACAAGGUGCUGGACGUGCUGUGCUCGCUGUGCGUGUGUAACGCCGUGGCCGUGCGCUCCAACCAGAACCUGAUCACCGAGAACCUCCUGCCCCGCCGCGACCUGCUGCUGCAGACCGCCAUGGUCAACUACGUCACCAGGGGUGUCCCCAAGGCCGUGGCCUCCCCCCAUCGCCGGGCCCUGGCCGGGGGGGACGUUGUCAGCUGCUGCCUGGACCUGGGGGUCCCCAGCGCCUCCUUCCGCCUCAACGGGGCCCCCGUGCAGGGGGUCCUGGAGGGCUUCAACCUCGACACCCUCUUCACCCCCGUGGCCAGCUUCUCUGCAGGGGUCCGGUGA